UCAAAUACUAGCUCCAUACCUCUACCCCGAGCAUGUUGCAAAAAGCAUUCUCACAAACUCAACCUUGCCAAAGAGCCAAAACACCAAACGCAGUUAGCAGCUAGUACUAAACAACAACCGGAAAUAUUGCAAAGAACGUAUCUGAGAAACUGAGAUGGACAUGUCAUGACUCAUGAAAAAGCUGUCCUGCAAUGGAUAUAAAGCCUCUUUCCUCUGGAGAUCAUUGCCAAACAGAUUCCCUCAACAUGUACCACCACCUUUGCACUUCCUUUUUCGUAAUCUUUACCAAAAACCCAUAUUUACGCAUACCCUUUUGCACAUUAAAUGCACUUCUAUUACAUCUCGGAAUUUACAAGUUCGUGCUCACACUUAUCUUGCCACCCAACUGUUUGAUAAAAUGCCGCAUAGAAGAGUUCAAGAUUUCAAGAAUGCCAAAGGCCAUGAAAUAUUUCAACUUGUUAAGUUGGUUAAAGAAAACCCUGAUAUCUUAAGUACUUCACAAGCACAUGGCUUAGCGCUUAAAGCUGGCAUGCUUGCUCAUUUGCCCACUGUAACUACUCUCCUCAUCAUCUACUCAAGUACCAAACAUUUUAGCUCUUCAUUGGCUCUCUUUGCUGAAAUUAUGAGUAAAGAUGUGGUAACAUGGAAUGCUAUCAUGACAGCAUGCAUAAAGAAUAAGUUUUUCGAAUUUGCAGUGAAAUUCUUUGCUGAAAUGGUGAACGAAGGAAAGGAGUUUGAUUCUGCCACGCUUGUGAUUGUCGUUUCUGCCUUGUCUAAUAUGAGAGAUUUGAGAAAGGGGAUGAUUGUUCAUUGUUCAAGUGUGAAAAUGGGAAUGUUUUCAGAUUCGCUUUUGGGAAAUGCUCUUAUUGAUUUUUAUGCAAAAUGUAGUGAUUUGAGCUCAUCGGAAUGUGUUUUUGGAGAAGUAGAAUGUAAAGAUAUUGUUUCAUGGAAUUCAAUAAUUAGUGGUUGUAUUUAUAAUGGUCAUCCUGAGAAGUCAUUGUGGUACUUCAAGCAGAUGGCGAAUUUGGAAAAAGGCACUGAUAGUGUGAGUCUUUCUUGUGCUAUUGCGGCUUCUGCUUGUUUAGAUGAGUUUAGUUGUGGUCAGGUUAUUCAAGGAUGGGGAAUAAAGCUAGGGUAUGAGGAAAGCUGCCACCUUUCAGUAGCAAAUUCUCUCAUUUCAUUGUAUUCCCAGUCUGGGAACAUUGAUGCUGCUGAAUAUGUCUUUAAUAUAAUGAAGCAGAAGGAUAUAAUAACGUGGAAUUCGAUGAUAAGUGGAUUCUCUUUGAAUGGAAAAGUCGGUGAAGCGUGUGAUGCUCUUCAUGAAAUGCAGUUCACAAGAACCCUAAAACCUGAUGCUGUGACAUUAAUUUCCAUUAUUCCACUAGCUGCAGAAUUCAUGCUAUUGAGAAAAGGGAGAGCUAUUCAUGGUUUCACCAUCCGGAGAGAGAUGGGAGCAGAACUGUCGGUGAUGAAUGGUCUCAUGGAUAUGUAUUUUAAGUGCAAAAGGGUCAAGGACGCUGAGCAUCUCUUCUUAAAUAUGGCAACGAAAGAUCUAAUUUCAUGGAAUACCAUAAUAUCUGGGUAUUCCCAGAAUGGCCUGUGUAGAGAAGCUCAGUCUUUGCUUAAGAAGUUCCAUAGUUGGAACUCAGAAUGCAGCUUGUCAACUCUUCUGGGAAUUCUUCCUGCUUGUGAUUCCCCCAUCUCAAUCCAAUUUGGAAGGUUGAUCCACUCAUGGGAGGUGAAGUUGGGAUUUGUAAAUAAUAUCAUCAUAGUAAAUUCCCUGAUUUGCAUGUAUAUUUCUUGUGGAGAUCUAGUAGCUUCUUUCAAAUUGCUGGAGGAGAUAGCUUAUAUUGCUGAUGUGGAUAGCUGGAAUACCAUGAUCUCGGGAUGCACACAGAAAUGCCACUUCUCUGAAGCUUUAAAUGCUUUCCAGUUAAUGAGGCUCAAGUUCAAUAUCAACAAUGAUACUAUUACUCUAGUCAAUGUCAUACCAGCAUGUGGAAAUCUUGAAUUGACAUGUGAAGGAAAGUCAAUUCAUGCCCUAGCUUUAAAGACCUCAGCUGGUCAAGAUAUUCGUGUGCAGAAUGCUCUCAUUACUAUGUAUGGAAAACUGAGUGACGUGGAAAGUGCAAGAUUAGUGUUUGAACUUUGUUUUCAUCAUAACUUAUGCUCAUGGAACUGCAUGAUAUCUGCUUUAGCUCAGAACAAUAAUGCUAAAGAAGCAAUAGAAUUUUUCUGUUUACUCAAGUUUGAACCAAAUGAGAUCACCAUGGCUACCGUUCUUUCAGCGUUUCGACAACUUGGACUUAUUAGACAUGGGAAACAGAUCCAUGCAUACCUCAUCAGAUAUGGUUUUUAUAAAAAUGCGUUUGUAGCAGCUGCUCUUGUGGAUAUGUAUAGCAGCUGUGGCAGGCUAGACAUUGCAAGUCGAGUGUUUCAGAAUUCAGCAGAGAGAUCUGUUGCUGCUUGGAAUUCCAUGAUUUCUGCAUAUGGCUUCCACAGCAAAGGGCUUGUUGACCAGGGGUACUGGUAUUACACUCGUAUGCUUGAUGAGUUCGGAGUUCAACCUUCCACAGAGCAUCAUGUCUGUGUAGUUGAUAUGUUAGGCCGAUCAGGGAAGCUGCAGCAAGCGUAUAAUUUUAUCAAAGACCUUCCCAGUCAACCUGAUCCAGGAAUCUGGGGUGCUUUGCUCAGCACUUGCAACUAUCAUGGUGAUCUUCAACUGGGGAAACAAGUAGCAAGCAUACUCCUUUUGUUGAAACCUGAGAAUGUCGGGUAUCAUCUUGCACUGUCCAACAUAUAUGUUGCUAGUGGAAGCUGGAAGGAGGCUGGAGAGUUGAGAGACAUUGUUCAUCUAAAAGGGUUAAAGAAAUCUGCUGGUUACAGUCUUAUUGAUGUUGGCUCCAGCUGAAUUAAACAUCAUCAAGACCUCAUGCAAAGAGUUUAUCUUCUGAACUGCCACGAAGCCAGCCUGAGUCUAUUUUCUAAGUGUUCAGGCAGUCAACCUGCUCACCUUUGGAGGACUGGGCGUGGUGUAGAAAGUUCUGGUUUAGUGGAGCAAAGCAGCUAACAGAACAUUUUGUCGAGCAUCUUAAAGAAAUUAUCUAGCUUCUAUUGGCCCUUGUUGCUGGUAGAACUUGAUGAUCCGUGUUAAUACAAAAUUUUCCAAAAUAUUUCUUUUCCCCUCUUUGUCUGAUUGGACAUAAACAUUAAACAGAGCACUUGUGAUGGUGAGGAUUCAUAUAGCCGAUCCAACUAGUUUGGGAUUGAGGUUCGAUAGUUGUUCUUUCCCCUUAGUCUGGUGAGAGACUUAGGUCAGUGUAGGAUGAAUGUGAGAUUUAAAGCUUUAAAAGAUUUAUUAUUUACCAAGACUAAAAUGAAACGAGCCUGAUUAGAGUGAAAUAGAUGUCGAGGAUUUGUAUAAGCGACAAUGAGGAGCAGGUGAACUUUCAGAAACCACUAUGUUUUAGUGGUUAUUAGCUAGUUGUAGCUACCAUUUACUAUAUUAC